AUGAUACCCACACGAUUCUUCACAUUCAAAUCGGCACUCUUGGUCCUUUUACUCGCCAUUCUAUUGACCACAUGCUUCACACCAACCGAAGCCAAAUUUGGCAAAAAGUUGAAGAAAUUCGCAAAGAAGGCCAUCAAGGUCGCCAAAUUCGUUGCACCCAUGGUCGUACCCGGAGGACAAGCCGCCAUCGCUGCCAAGAUGGCCAAAUUCAAAUCCACCUUUGACAAGUUCAAAAAAGUGAAAGCCGUCGUCGACAAGGUCAAGAAGAUUAAAAACACAGUCAACAAAUUCAAAAACUUGAAACAAAACUUUGUUGGAAAUCUCAAAGGUAAACUCAAAGGAAAACUCAAAGGACUUGCUGGUAAAUGGGGCAACAAAUUGACUGGCGGUAAAUUUGGUAAACUCAAAGACAAGUUUGGCAAGUUGAAAGGAAAAUUCAACAAUAUUAAGGGAAAGUUUGGCAAGUUGAAAGGAAAGUUCAAUAAUAUUAAGGGCAAGUUUGGUAAACUCAAGGACAAGUUUAACAAUAUUCGAAAUAAGGUGAAGGGAGUCAUUGGAGGUGAAGGUUCUGAAGGUUCUGAAGGAGGAGAAUCUGCUGGUGCUGCUGAACAACCACAACAACAACAACAAGUAGCUGAACAAAAUGCUUGGGGAGGUAACACUCAAGGUCCUGCUGUUCAACAACAACAACAAGGAGGUUCAUUCCAACAACAACAAACUCAAGGAUCUUCUUCAUCAUCAUCCUCUCAACAAUCAUUCCAACAAACUUCUCAAGUUUCUGGUGGAGGUAGUUCGUCAUCCAAUGAAGCUUCUCAACAACAACAACAAGGAGGAUCCUUCCAACAACAAGGAAAUGCUGGUAGUAGUGGUAGUGAACAACAACAAGUAGGAGGCGGUUCAAAUUCUGUUGGAGGAGGUUCUUCAUUCUCUACUGGAGGUAAUAGUGGUGCUUCUUCUGGUGGUAAUUUCAACAACAACAAUGGUGGUAAUGGAGGAACUUAUAUGAGAUCUUACCGAAGAGGUGGAAGAAGAGGAAUUUAUUUGAAGGUCAAUGUGAACGUGAAUGGUGUGAAACAAAGUGCUUAA